GAGCAGACAGCGCCAGGCUCCAGCUAUAAAGCCCUCCCUGGAUGAGGCCAGUGUCCUGCCCUGAGCUGGACUGUACCUCCUUCCUCUGUGCCAGGACGCCGUCAGGACAGGCAGCAGACGAGCCUCCAACAUGAACGACAUCUACAAGGCAGCGGUUGAGCAGCUGACAGAUGAACAGAAGAAUGAGUUCAAGGCUGCCUUUGACAUCUUCGUACAAGAUGCAGAGGACGGCUGCAUCAGCACCAAGGAGCUGGGGAAGGUGAUGAGGAUGCUGGGGCAGAACCCCACACCAGAGGAGCUGCAGGAGAUGAUUGACGAAGUGGAUGAAGACGGGAGCGGCACUGUGGACUUUGAUGAGUUCCUGGUCAUGAUGGUGAGGUGCAUGAAGGACGACAGCAAAGGGAAGUCAGAGGAAGAACUGGCAGAGCUGUUUCGCAUGUUCGACAAGAAUGCAGAUGGUUACAUUGACUUGGAUGAGCUGAAAAUGAUGCUGGAAUCUACAGGAGAGGCAAUAACUGAAGACGACAUCGAGGAGCUGAUGAAAGAUGGGGACAAGAACAAUGAUGGCAAAAUAGACUAUGAUGAGUUCUUGGAGUUCAUGAAAGGAGUGGAGUAACAAGAGAAGAUCCACAGCGUUAUUUAUUUCUCUGUGACUCUCGACUCGGAUGCCGCUGAUAGAAACAAUGGAACGACUUUGCAAGAUUCAAUCAAAUAUCGUAGCUGAAUAUUUCUGUAUUUUUCUACCAUCUCUUGCAUUGUUGUAAAUACAGUUUGUGACCACUUUUGGUGCCCAUGUACUCUAAAUUUGUGUAAAUGUAUCCAAAUUACUUAUGUUUUCUACACAAGCGGCCACAUAGUUUACGACUUUGGCCGCUUGAAAUAUCAACUUUGCUUUUGUUUUCGAAUAAAUCUCAUCUCUGGAGCGCCGCAGCCGGUUUACAAAUCUCCUUACUGAGAGGCUAAUAUUGUUUAGCUGGGUAGAAGAUGUAUGUGUGCACAGAGCAGAACAUAUCCAUAAGUCAACACAGUAUUACAGCAGGCUCUGGCAGACCAACUGAACUUGCAGAAUAAUGUGCUGGAUCCAGUCUGUACACUGUACAUGUUCUGAUGUGCACAUGGUAUACAUUUCUGUAUGUUUUAGAUUCCCUCAGGACUUUUUAUUCCCCUCUCAUGCCCCUGGAAAGUCUGCUUGGAAUGUGCGCUCGUGUAAUAAACAAGACGGAUUUGCCAGUU